ACCGGAGGCAGCCAGGCAGGAGACCACGCUCGCCCUCUUCUCGCAGGAGCGAGAGAAGAGGACAGGGAGAGAGGGGGCGAUCCCCCGUCAACGUCGGGGAAAACGAGCGAGCCGAAGCGAGUGAGCGCGCGCGACGUCGCCCGUCGCGGAAGGCCGAGAGAAGGCACUCUCUUCUCGGCCCGGUCCUUUCGGCGGAGGAAUUCUAGCUGGCGUGGCUCGGCGCGACCGCCGCCUCCACCUUCCUUCCUUCCCUCCACCCGGAGCCCAUUCAGAGACCUCCCUGGAUGGGACGGUCCGCACACACCAUCGGUCUGCUCGGUGCCCGGUUCUGCGCGAUAUUUUGUGACUGCCUCAUCUGUGCGGUGCUCGGUGCUUUAGCCUGUGCUUCUCGGCUCCCUAGACCCAUCGAGGAAUAGGGAGGUCGACAUGACCCGGUUGGGAUUGCGAUUCGUCGCAUCCGCAGUUUUCCUGGCCGGGAUUGUUAGUGGGCAAUAUAAUCACACAUCAUGGAAUCCACCGCCGGUCGUGCCACUGAACGAACGAGGUGAUAUCGGAGGGCCUGUAAGCGCUGGCGAUGACGACGACGACAGUCCGCCCGGAUUCAAAGAUGAAGACAGGGAUAGAUUUAGAGAGUUUAUCACGGACAACGAAGGAUACGAGGAUCCGGAAAGGUGGAACGGCAGUUUCACGGCUGGCCAUUACAGUCCCGACGACAGGACUCGGCAGUGGAGCUACUAUAGAAACAGGAGCGAUCCUCACGGUCAAGUGCCCUCGGGCCGAUCUCCUUACGAUCGAGGACCGCAGGACUACGACCGGUAUCCUGAAAGUGGCGGCGCGUCGGGAUACGGAAUUGACGAAAAUCGACCAGGUCAUCCCGAUGGUCGCGGCGAUUACGAGGCACACAGCGGCGCCGGCGAAAACGACCGAGGAGGAGGAUCUCAUAAUUACGGCCAAGGAGGUUCUUAUGGCGGUAGUUACGGCGGAAGUUACGGCGCGGGAGGCGCGGAUUCCUAUGGCCGUGGAAGCGGAAAUGUUUAUGGUGGCGGUCGUGGAAGCGGAGACCCUUACGGUGGCGGCCGCGGAAGUGGGCACGUUUACGGUGGCGGUCGUGGAGGCGACGAUGCUUACGGUGGCAGUCGCGGGCGCGGUCAUGGUGGUUACGGUGCCGCUGGAGACGACGAGAAUUAUCCGAGCAAUUACCAGGUGGUACCGAUGCCCGGGGCACCGCGAAACUGCACUGGAUCGGGAUGCUGCGUACCCAAGUGUUUCGCCGAGAAGGGAUCGCGGGGACCACCGGGAAUACUCGGACCGCAAGGUCCUAAGGGACAGCGGGGAUUUCCAGGAGCGGAAGGUCUUCUAGGACCCAAAGGUGAGAAGGGAGACCCCGGCCCACAAGGUCCGCACGGUGCGAAAGGUGACAGAGGAAAAAUGGGUAUGCCUGGUUUUCCUGGUAUAAACGGUGUGCCUGGAGUACAAGGAUCUCCGGGUUCUCCAGGCUUGCCCGGUCGUGACGGUUGCAACGGAACGGACGGUGAACGUGGACGUGACGGCGUACCCGGAGAACCAGGACCUCGAGGUUUUCGAGGUGGGCCUGGGCCUAAAGGAGAAAAGGGCCAGCCAGCGUAUGCCGGCGCUUUCCCGGUGGGUCAAAAGGGUGAACCUGGUAACGACGGUGUCAGAGGGCCUCCCGGCCCUCCCGGUUUUCAGGGAGAGCGUGGCCCGUCUGGCGUGAAGGGUGAACGAGGUCCCUACGGCACCUCGGGCUUACCGGGUCCGAAAGGAGAAAAAGGAAACAUGGGUCUCGGAUUCGAAGGAUUAAAGGGUGAUAAAGGUCAGAAGGGUGAAUCGGGACCUCCGGGCUCGACCGCGCCCAUUAUGCCAUUCCAAGGAGCCUCGGACGUAACGGGUCCGCGCGGUGAACCAGGCCUAAAAGGAGAUAGGGGUGAAAUGGGACCGGAAGGACAAAAAGGAGAACCAGGAUUCAUAGGCGAUCAUGGUAUACCCGGUGGAUCAGGACACAAAGGAGAGAAAGGUCUUCCAGGAGCUCCAGGCAUUCGUGGUAGAGAUGGUUUCUCUGGGCCUCCUGGACCUCCUGGACGAAAAGGUGAUCGAGGUAUUGACGGAUUGGAAGGCCUUUCUGGGCGAUCCGGCAAGAAAGGAGAAUCCGGUCGAGACGGACCGAUGGGAGUUCCAGGUUUACGAGGACCUCCUGGACCACCGGGGGGUGGUAAAGGAAGACCGGGACCGCCAGGCCCGAAAGGACCACGUGGUUUUCCAGGACCCACCGGGUCACGAGGAACAGACGGUUUUCCAGGAGACCCAGGACCAAGAGGCCCCAUUGGUUUACAAGGAGGUCCCGGAUUGUCUGGAAUUCCAGGCCCAGAAGGUUUGCCAGGGGAAAAAGGUGGAAAAGGUGAACCCGGUUUGACCGGAUUCCCUGGAGGUCCAGGACCACGUGGAUUUGAUGGACCACCAGGACCGGCUGGACCGAGAGGGCUGCCAGGAGAUAAAGGAUUCUCAAUAAUGGGACCGAAAGGCAUGGAUGGAUCGCCUGGCUUCGAUGGAGAGAAAGGACAAAAGGGCGAACGAGGUUACGCGGGUGUCCGAGGUCGACCGGGAGACUCUCUAGACGGUAUCCCAGGAUCACCGGGUGCACCCGGUGAGGCCGGGGAACCCGGAGCGCCAGGAAGAGACGGCAUACCAGGCCUUUCUGGGACGCCUGGAGAUAAAGGAGAUAUCGGCGGUCGCUGUAUAGAUUGUUUACCUGGUUUUCGAGGCGCCAAAGGUGAUCGUGGUUUGGAUGGUAUACCCGGACUUACCGGACCCCGAGGACCACCCGGAGAACGCGGUUUCCCGGGUGAACCUGGAGUGGACGGUUUGCCAGGCGCAAUCGGACCUCCGGGACUGCCAGGAAAAGAUGGUAUACCCGGUGCUCCAGGACCUCAAGGAGAAUCCGGAACCCCGGCAACAGUGACAUGGAACAUGCUCAAACUGGAAAAAGGUGACAAAGGAGCGCGUGGAGAGUCUGGUCGACAAGGUCCGCCGGGACCGGAAGGACCGGUGGGAGAGAAGGGUAGACCUGGAUUCGAAGGUUUCCCAGGGCUCAAAGGAACGCCAGGAGAUCGCGGCUUCCCAGGGCAAGAUGGCGUUCCCGGAAGACCUGGUACACCUGGACGCAGGGGAGACAAAGGGAUAAGUAUAAAAGGUGAACCGGGAGAAGGAGGUCGUCCGGGAUCUCCAGGACAGAAAGGAGAACCUGGAUUUUACGGAAUUAAGGGUGAACCUGGUGAAUGUCCGCCACUUGACCUCAUGAAAGGCUUCAAAGGUGAUCGAGGCCUGACAGGUGAGAAGGGAGAACCUGGACCACCUGGCAGGGAUGGAAUAUCGGGUGAUAAAGGAUUGCAAGGCUUCUCGGGUCCACCCGGUCCAGUUGGUCCAAUCGGUGCUCCUGGACCUGUUGGUGCAAGAGGUUUACCUGGCCCGCGCGGAGACAAGGGUAACAUGGGUCCUAUGGGUUUCCCAGGAGAGUCUGGUCGCGAAGGACCUAGAGGCUUCCCAGGUGCUCCGGCUCCGAAGGGUGAUAAGGGAGAACCGGGAAUAUCGGUUAAAGGUAGUCCUGGUUUAACAGGACCUCCAGGUGAGAGAGGAGAGAAAGGUCUUCCCGGGCCACCAGGGAAAGAAGGUCUGCCCGGUUAUCAGGGAUUACCAGGCUUUGUUGGCGAGAAGGGAGACGUUGGCGCACCGGGAAUAAAUGGUUUGCCAGGGGCACCUGGUGGGAAAGGAGACACAGGUCCAAUUGGUCCACCUGGUCCUCCAGGUGUUGCUGGUAUCCCAGGAGCGGAUGGAGGCAAAGGCGAGCCAGGAUUACUAGGAGAACCAGGUAGAUCGGGCCUCCCAGGUUUCCCGGGAUCGAAAGGUGAUCGCGGCGAACCAGGUAUUGAUGGACCGAAAGGAUACCCCGGCAGACGAGGAUUACCUGGAACUCCAGGUAGACCUGGAAUCGAUGGCGUAUCAGGUCUAAAGGGAGAACACGGUGACAAAGGCUCACCGGGAUUCCCUGGAUUGCCAGGUAUGGAAGGAAAGCCCGGUCGUCCUGGUAUAUCCGGGCUAAAAGGUGACCAAGGACUACCUGGCGCGCCUGGUUUACCAGGAAUCGUCGGUUAUGAAGGAGUUAAGGGCGACACUGGACUGCCGGGUCCAACGGGAAGGAAAGGAGAGCCAGGGCAAGUCUCGGAAAAAGGACAGAAAGGCGAGCCAGGAAUGCCUGGAAUACGGGGUCCUCAGGGUCCGCCGGGACGAGACGGUAUUGAUGGAUCGAAGGGCGAAGCUGGCAGACCAGGCCAUGGGCGUGACGGAUUACCUGGAUUAAAGGGCGACGCGGGUGUACCGGGUCGGGACGGAGCGCCAGGAUUCCAAGGCCAAAAGGGUGAUACCGGUGUACGAGGAUUCCCCGGAAUAAAAGGCGACUACGGUCCACCGGGUAUACACGGAGAACCGGGUCCGCCGGGCAUAGAUGGACUUCCUGGAGAAGUUGGUGCAAUCGGGUCGCCCGGAGCACCUGGUUUCCCGGGACUUGAUGGCGAACUUGGUUCUCCUGGUCGACCUGGACUCGAUGGUGUUAAAGGAGAUCGCGGUCAGCCAGGACUCGUCGGAUUGCCUGGAAUCAUUGGAGCACUAGGAGAAAAAGGAGAUCGUGGUCCGCCGGGACCUACGAUCCAAAUCAAGGGUGAGAAAGGCGAACCAGGUAUACCUGGAUUUUCUGGAGAAAAGGGAGAGAAAGGAGAUCAAGGUCUGAUAGGUAUCGCUGGUUAUGAUGGCGAAAAGGGUGACAGAGGCUCAGGUGGAACCGAAGGAUCUCCUGGACCUCACGGUGCUCCGGGACUUAAGGGCGAACAAGGACCUCCUGGUAUUCCCGGAGCUCCUGGAGUUACAAUAAAGGGUGAAAAAGGUUUGCCAGGUCUAAUGGGUAAGCACGGCAGGGACGGAUUUUCAGGACGACCCGGUGAGAAGGGCGAACCAGGAUUACCUGGUUUGCCUGGACCAAAGGGAGACAUUGGUCCUUACGGACCAGUUGGACCGCAAGGUGAGAAAGGUGAUCAAGGAGUACUGGGUAUAACUGGAGCACCAGGACGUGACGGAACCCCAGGUCUCGAAGGUGUACCAGGAUUACCUGGUGAGAGAGGUCCGAAGGGUGACCAAGGACCGCCUGGAUUAUUUGGUGCCCCAGGAUUAAAGGGAGAAACCGGUCAUCCAGGAGCAAAUGGAUUAGACGGACCCCAAGGAGAAAAGGGUGAAAGAGGUUGGGACGGUGUAAAUGGUCUACCUGGACCACUUGGCGAGAAGGGUGAUAGAGGAUAUCCUGGUCCAGUCGGAUUAAUGGGUACCGUUGGCUACGCAGGUCAUAAAGGAGAAAAGGGUGAAGAUUGUCUCGAGCCGCCAAUGGGACCUAAAGGAGAUCGCGGAUAUCCUGGCCCGGCUGGACCGUCUGGUCCACCAGGAGAGAAAGGACUGUCGGGUCCGCCCGGUUUCCCCGGCUUAGACGGUAUUAAAGGCGCCCAAGGUUUCAUCGGUCCAGCAGGACCUCCUGGGCUACCAGGAUUGCCCGGACCUGUCGGCGCGUCCGGCCUACCGGGUCUUCAGGGUCCUGUCGGUGCGCCAGGACUCACUGGCGAGCCCGGUGCGCCCUGCGAAACGACACCUGAUUAUCUCACCGGUAUUCUUCUGGUCAAGCACAGCCAAAGUCAAAGCACCCCGAUUUGCGAGCCGGGUCACAUCAGACUCUGGGAGGGAUACAGUUUGCUCUACACCGAUGGCGACGAGAGAGCGCACUCUCAAGACUUAGGUUAUGCCGGCUCGUGUGUAAGAAAAUUCUCCACGAUACCCUUCCUGUUCUGCGACGUCAACAACGUCUGCCAUUACGCUAGUCGCAAUGAUCGGUCUUACUGGCUGUCUACCAAUAGCCCAAUUCCCAUGAUGCCAGUCGAGGAGACGGCAAUAGAAGAAUAUAUCUCCAGGUGCGUGGUGUGCGAAGUUCCGGCUAAUGUGAUAGCGGUACACAGUCAAGCGAUAAGCAUUCCAGAAUGUCCAGCGGGAUGGACCGGUCUUUGGAUCGGUUAUAGUUUUGUAAUGCACACCGGCGCAGGCUCCCAAGGCGGCGGCCAGUCCCUGUCGAGUCCCGGUUCCUGCCUGGAGGACUUCCGCGCCACACCUUUCAUCGAGUGCAACGGCGCCAAAGGACACUGCCAUUACUAUUCUAAUCAGUACAGCUUCUGGAUGGUGACCAUAGAGGAAAACCAGCAGUUCAGGAGCCCCGAGAAACAGACCUUAAAGGCGGGUAAUCUUAGAUCCCGAAUAAGUCGCUGCCAAGUUUGUAUAAAGAAUACGUAAACGUGCGCGCCACCGUUUACACACGGAACACACAUACACACACACACGUACACACACGCACACAUGUACACACACACACACACACACAC